AUGAGUUUAGAGAGUGAUAUCAAAGAAAGCAAACGAGUCGUUGAACCAUUUGAUGAUGACGAUUGUGCGGUUUGUUUGGAGCCGUUGGCUAAUGAUGCUGACGAACGAACUGUUGUUAAGCUUCGAUGUAGCCACAAGUUUCACUUAGAUUGUGUUGGUUCAUCCUUUAACAUAAAGAACAAGAUGGAAUGUCCAUGUUGUAGACAGAUUGAAAAAGGGAAAUGGUUGUUCGCAGAACCUGUAGAUCAACUGGAAGAAGAUGAUAUGUCACCACUCGACAUGCUAACCAAUAUGGUGAGUCCUUCUUUUCUUCAUAUUGAUGAUGGAAUCUUCACCAAUAUAGCUAGUGUGUUAUUUCCAAAUGCUCUGAACCAAAUCAGUAACAAUGCCAACGUGAGCAGUAACCCAUUGGGUGAGCCGCGUAACACUUUGUUGGACACAAGGAUGCAACGUCAAGUCGACGAACAUGUAGCCUCUACUGUCGAUAGCGAACGUCGUUUACCCGACAUGCUGUUUGAACUUCAUGACAGGACUGGGGGAAGUGGACCAAGUGGUUAUGGCCGUGAAAGAAGCGGUGGGGAAGGCGGUGAAAACAGUUGUGGUGGGGAAGCGGUGGCGGAGGAAGAUCAGGUGGGGGAAGCAGCAGAAGGGGCGGAAAUGAUGGAUAAUUUGAACUUUUAG